CGCCCCUCUGAUUGGUGGUUGUGGCGCUCAUCUUUGAAUACACAGUCGUCCAAUAUGCUCAUUCUUGGCCACUCCUUGCGACAAGUGCGGACAAGUUUCAGUGCGUUCGGUGCUAUUGGAUGAAAUGGUUGGCUAAGUGUCGUGCCGCACGAAGCAGCGUCGUAUUGCCCAAACCGGAGGGAGAGUUGCGAUUCUGAGUCUGAAUAGUCUUGACGUGAAUAACUAAUAUAUCAGUCGAAACAUUUAGCUAAAACCCAAAAACUUUCUGUGCGAAUUGUGCAAUAAAAUAGUGCAUAUUAUUUAGUUGAAAUAAAUAACAAAUAUUAACGGCAAAAGCCAGCCAUCGCGGCCGCAACAAAAACAACUGAAACCGGUUCUGCGCACCGAUACGCGAGACCAGAGCCUACGCCGCAGGCCAGAGAGAGACAGCUAUACAGGCAGCACAUAGUUGGCGCGAAUGUGUAGAAAAGUGUAACUUGUAACUACAAAUUGCAGUGCAACUGUGUGUGUGUGUGUGCGUGUGUGAGUUCGCGCAUGUGUGUGUAUGUGUGAAUGUACUCUGGCCAUUGCAAGAUCAGCUUCGGUGUUUUUUUUUUUGUCGCUUUGCCAGGCCCUUAGCUCAGCUCACAAGCAAAACUUCAACUGAAAUUGUCGUUACGCAUACGCACCGUUGUGCCGCGUAGCUAACUAUUGCAUUAUCGUGCGUCCGUCGUGUUGUGCUCUGUUCCCAUUGUUGUUUUGGCACUCGCGUCGCCAUGGGUGCCAAGGUGUGUAAAACUGUAGCUGUAGCUGUAGCUGGCAAUUCGACAUGAUGGAACAACUGCCACAGUCUCGCUUGGCUAAGCACCAGCGUUCGCCAUCGCCAUCGCCAUCGAAAUAGUCGGAGCAACGCGUCGCGCUUGCCGCUGACAACUUUGUGCCUGCUUGGCGGUCUUAUCUGACCCUGUUCGUAAAUAUCUCUCGAAAACACACAUAAUAAUAUAUACAGUACUCAAUUAGAUAGUACUCGAUUCGCAUAGUUUAAACGUGCCGCUCUACACGCAGAAAUAUGUCAAAAACCCGCAUUGUGUCAAAGUGCUAAAAAUGUGAGAAAAAACGAAAACAUCGCGCACAAAAUGGAAACCUAUGAAAACUUACUUUGCAGGCGGAACUGUCACAGCGGGCUCUAGAAAUGAUGCACAAAUAAAAGAACAUUAGUUGAAACAAACAAGUUUAAAAGAAAUAGACAACAAAAAUCCAUAACAAAAGCUAGUUUACAAUGCAAGAGGUGUGCAGCACAUUGGACACCAACCCGAUGGGCGCUCAGAUCAAAUCCGAGUCGCCCCUGAAUCCCCUACAGGUGCAAACGGGCCAGACGACGGGGUCGGUGCCAAUUGUGCCCGGAGCGGGCGCCCAAGGACCGCAGGGACCGCCGCCAGCGGUGAUGCUUGUCAACAAAAUGGCACCGAACUGUGAUAAACGAGCCGCCGACACCGCCUACUGGAUGGCCACCGAGGGGGGCUUCAUCAACUCUCAGCCCUCGAUGGCCGAGUUUCUCAAUCACCUGAGUCCGGAGAGCCCGAAAAUUGGCACACCUGUUGGCGUUGGCGUUGGUGUUGGUGUUGGUGUUGGAGGCGGUGUCGGUGGCGGAUAUCCGGUUAAUGUCGGCGGUGUGCCACAGACACCGGAUGGGAUGGACUCGGUGCCCGAGUAUCCCUGGAUGAAGGAGAAGAAGACAUCGCGCAAGAGCAGCAACAACAACAAUCAGGGUGAUAACUCCAUAACUGAAUUCGUUCCAGAAAACGGCCUGCCCCGACGUCUGCGCACCGCGUACACAAACACGCAGCUGCUGGAGCUGGAGAAGGAAUUCCAUUUCAAUAAAUAUUUAUGCCGCCCAAGAAGAAUUGAAAUAGCUGCCAGCCUGGAUCUGACCGAGCGACAGGUCAAAGUUUGGUUUCAAAAUCGUCGCAUGAAGCACAAGAGGCAAACGCUGUCGAAGACCGACGACGAGGACAACAAGGACAGCCUCAAAGGUGACGAUGAUCAGUCCGAUAGCAAUUCCAAUUCGAAGAAGUCGUGUCAAGGCUGCGAGCUGCCCUCCGACGAUAUACCCGACUCCACGUCCAAUUCCCGAGGACACAACAACAAUACGCCCAGCGCCACGAACAAUAAUCCGAGCGCCGGCAGUCUUACUCCCAAUUCAUCGCUGGAAACAGGAAUCUCGUCCAAUCUGCUGGGCAGCAGCACCGUCUCCGCUUCGAACGUCAUCAGCGCCGACUCCAGCGUUGCGUCCAGCGUUAGCCUGGACGAGGACAUCGAUGAAAGUCCCAUUAAGGUUAAGAAAAAAGACGACGGUCACAGCCAGGUUAUCAAAAAGGAGGCCGUUUCCACCUCAUCGAAGGCCUCGCCAUUUGGCUAUGAUGCGGGCCCUAGUUUGGCCAGUUUUCGCCGUGAUCCAGACGCCGCCGCCGCCGCCGCCGCCUCCAACACGCCGGCAAUCAAGGCUGGCGGCAAGAAACGAUAUCAGAGCUCCAAUGCGAAUGCCAUUUCAAUUGCCGUUGCCUCUCCGCUGGGCGAGAACAACGGCGCAUCUGUGCCGGCGGCUUAUUUCCCAAACGCUGGAUACUAUUCCAGCCCUAAUCCAAAUCCAAAUACGAAAAAUUUGCAGGCGCCGCAGCAGAUGCCGCAGGACUAUUACGGGAAAUACGAUAUUGAAUUCGCCGCCUCGCCGCACCACAACCCGCACAAGCAGCCACAGCAACAGCAGCAGCAGCAACCGCUGCACGGCGAAUAUCUAAGUCCAAAGCCAAACAGCAAUGCGGCCAAUGUCAAUUUCCAUCAGAAUAAUCAACAACAACACCAGCACGAACAGUUCUACUACAACUAUAACGACACCAAUGGCGGCAGCGCGUACAUGAACCACCAACAACACCAACAGCAGCAUCAUCCAAUUGGUGACUUUGAGGCGCCACCUAUUAACGGACCGAGCAACUUUUAUGAUCCUAAGUCACAGACGGGUGGCGCUUACUACGACAACAUGAAUUUUCAACACCAACAUCAGUCGGUGGUCUUUCAACAACAGCCGCAGCAGCCGCAGCAACACCCGCAGCAAGGCCCUCUCAAUCAACAGCAGCACAUGCACCACAUUGGAGCUGGGGAAACGUAUAGCGCGCUUGGCCUGCAAAUGGAGAACUGCGACGGAUACAACAACUUUGCCGGUGGCUACUAUGACCCAGCUGCGGGUCAGCAACAACCACCAGCUCCGCCCACACACAGCCACCCAGUGCCGCAUCCACACGCCAAUCCCCACCACCCGCAUCACCAGAUGCAGGCACAGGCUCAUCCACAUAUACAUACACACCACAAUCCAGCCACUGCAGCUGCUGCUGUUCACGUAGUCGGUGCUCCGCCUCUGCCCGCCAAUCAUCUCCACAAUUCAAACACAAAUUUUGGCGGACAACUGCAGGCGUUUGCCAACACUGGCGGCAACUCAGGUGUUGGCGGUGCAGCCGUCAUCAGCGGGCUGGAGAACUCGAACAGCUCGUCGGACUUCAAUUUUCUGAGCAAUUUGGCCAAUGAUUUUGCUCCAGAGUACUAUCAGUUAAGUUAGUUCUGAUAAUCCAGAUUGUAAAUACUAAACUGCAAUCGAUGUAGUCGAAUUUUUACUUUGUAAUCUCCAAGCUCUCAGCUCUCACUUUGUCGUAGCUCACAUACAUAUCUGUAAAUAUGUUCGUAUGUCUGUCCCAAUGCUAGAUCUAUAUAUGUAUAUGUGUAUGUAAGUAGCUAGAGUGAUAUAUAUA